AUGAAAACCCAGAAAAGGCCGCUUACAGAUGUCAUAAAGAUUUCCAACCCAUUCGCGGUGCUGGAAGACGAGUGCUGUAUAGAGACUGCAGUUCGCUCGGAUGUCAAAGCAACGAAGGGAGCCCAGGUUUAUCUUGGUGCUCACAAAGUAAAGGAAGUAACUAAGCAAAUUUUGGUUGUGGGAGAGUCCCAGUGGUGCCAGCAAGAAGCCUCCCGGAGCCACAGUGGUGCCAGCAAGAAGCCUCCCGGAGCCACAGUGGUGCCAGCAAGAAGCCACCCGGAGCCACAGUGGUGCCAGCAAGAAGCCACCCGGAGCCACAGUGGUGCCAGCAAGAAGCCACCCGGAGCCACAGUGGUGCCAGCAAGAAACCUCCCGGAGCCACAGUGGUGCCAGCAAGAAGUCUCCCGGAGCCACAGUGGUGCCAGCAAGAAGUCUCCCGGAGCCACAGUGGUGCCAGCAAGAAGCCUCCCGGAGCCACAGUGGUGCCAGCAAGAAGCCUCCCGGAGCCACAGUGGUGCCAGCAAGAAGCCUCCCGGAGCCACAGUGGUGCCAGCAAGAAACCUCCCGGAGCCACAGUGGUGCCAGCAAGAAGUCUCCCGGAGCCACAGUGGUGCCAGCAAGAAGCCACCCGGAGCCACAGUGGUGCCAGCAAGAAGACUCCCGGAGCCACAGUGGUGCCAGCAAGAAGCCUCCCGGAGCCACAGUGGUGCCAGCAAGAAGCCACCCGGAGCCACAGUGGUGCCAGCAAGAAGCCACCCGGAGCCACAGUGGUGCCAGCAAGAAGCCUCCCGGAGCCACAGUGGUGCCAGCAAGAAGCCUCCCGGAGCCACAGUGGUGCCAGCAAGAAGCCACCCGGAGCCACAGUGGUGCCAGCAAGAAGCCACCCGGAGCCACAGUGGUGCCAGCAAGAAGCCACCCGGAGCCACAGUGGUGCCAGCAAGAAGUCUCCCGGAGCCACAGUGGUGCCAGCAAGAAGCCUCCCGGAGCCACAGUGGUGCCAGCAAGAAGCCACCCGGAGCCACAGUGGUGCCAGCAAGAAGCCACCCGGAGCCACAGUGGUGCCAGCAAGAAGCCACCCGGAGCCACAGUGGUGCCAGCAAGAAGCCUCCCGGAGCCACAGUGGUGCCAGCUAGAAGCCUCCCGGAGCCACAGUGGUGCCAGCAAGAAGCCACCCGGAGCCACAGUGGUGCCAGCAAGAAGCCACCCGGAGCCACAGUGGUGCCAGCAAGAAGCCUCCCGGAGCCACAGUGGUGCCAGCAAGAAGCCUCCCGGAGCCACAGUGGUGCCAGCAAGAAGUCUCCCGGAGCCACAGUGGUGCCAGCAAGAAGCCUCCCGGAGCCACAGUGGUGCCAGCAAGAAGUCUCUCGGAGCCACAGUGGUGCCAGCAAGAAGUCUCCCGGAGCCACAGUGGUGCCAGCAAGAAGUCUCCCGGAGCCACAGUGGUGCCAGCAAGAAGCCUCCCGGAGCCACAGUGGUGCCAGCAAGAAGUCUCCCGGAGCCACAGUGGUGCCAGCAAGAAGCCUCCCGGAGCCACAGUGGUGCCAGCAAGAAGCCUCCCGGAGCCACAGUGGUGCCAGCAAGAAGCCUCCCGGAGCCACAGUGGUGCCAGCAAGAAGCCACCCGGAGCCACAGUGGUGCCAGCAAGAAGCCACCCGGAGCCACAGUGGUGCCAGCAAGAAGCCACCCGGAGCCACAGUGGUGCCAGCAAGAAACCUCCCGGAGCCACAGUGGUGCCAGCAAGAAGUCUCCCGGAGCCACAGUGGUGCCAGCAAGAAGUCUCCCGGAGCCACAGUGGUGCCAGCAAGAAGCCUCCCGGAGCCACAGUGGUGCCAGCAAGAAGCCUCCCGGAGCCACAGUGGUGCCAGCAAGAAGCCUCCCGGAGCCACAGUGGUGCCAGCAAGAAACCUCCCGGAGCCACAGUGGUGCCAGCAAGAAGUCUCCCGGAGCCACAGUGGUGCCAGCAAGAAGCCACCCGGAGCCACAGUGGUGCCAGCAAGAAGCCACCCGGAGCCACAGUGGUGCCAGCAAGAAGCCACCCGGAGCCACAGUGGUGCCAGCAAGAAGCCACCCGGAGCCACAGUGGUGCCAGCAAGAAGUCUCCCGGAGCCACAGUGGUGCCAGCAAGAAGCCUCCCGGAGCCACAGUGGUGCCAGCAAGAAGCCACCCGGAGCCACAGUGGUGCCAGCAAGAAGCCACCCGGAGCCACAGUGGUGCCAGCAAGAAGCCUCCCGGAGCCACAGUGGUGCCAGCAAGAAGCCUCCCGGAGCCACAGUGGUGCCAGCAAGAAGCCUCCCGGAGCCACAGUGGUGCCAGCAAGAAGCCUCCCGGAGCCACAGUGGUGCCAGCAAGAAGCCUCCCGGAGCCACAGUGGUGCCAGCAAGAAGCCUCCCGGAGCCACAGUGGUGCCAGCAAGAAGCCUCCCGGAGCCACAGUGGUGCCAGCAAGAAGCCACCCGGAGCCACAGUGGUGCCAGCAAGAAGUCUCCCGGAGCCACAGUGGUGCCAGCAAGAAGCCUCCCGGAGCCACAGUGGUGCCAGCAAGAAGCCACCCGGAGCCACAGUGGUGCCAGCAAAAAGUCUCCCGGAGCCACAGUGGUGCCAGCAAGAAGCCUCCCGGAGCCACAGUGGUGCCAGCAAGAAGCCUCCCGGAGCCACAGUGGUGCCAGCAAGAAGCCUCCGGGCUCCAAUACCAACAUUCCUCUUAAGAAAGAAGUAUAAGUUUUGUGGACUCUGCCGCGGCGUAACUCAUCAUAUUAAACCCCUGGGAAUGCUUACAUAA